CACUGGAUGCCUAAGUAGGGGAUUUGUGGUGUUUUGCAUUUCUCUUUAGAUCCCUCCAAUCUUUGCUCAACAUCACAACGGCCCCGGAUCUUUGCCGAAGGCAUCAACGAAAUGUUGCUCCUUCAGACUCUCCCUGGAUCCAACAGUCCCGUCGUGCAAGGUGUCUGACCGGCCGACGACCCGCCUACCCCUCUGACAUCAUCCCUGCACCAACACAAUCGCGAAAGUUGAAACUAACAAGUGAGCGAUAUUACCCUGCCAAACCAGCAAAACCGCUGCCUAAACACCAAGCUUUCAAAAGAUCACGACAUCCCGCUCUUGUCAUCGACUCCCGACACCUCAUGCCACACCAGUAACAGCGACUCUCAACACAACCCUCCAUCAAUCUCAAUUCAUCACCAAAAACCACCACCAUGGACCCCUCCUCCCGCAACCCGCCACAGCCACCCCCCCUCUUUGCAACCACCCCAACCCAAAUCCUCACCACAAUCCGCACCCUCAUAACAACCCACCACUCAGCCCAAUCCUCCAUAAUCUCAACCGUCCUCCCCCAAGACGCAACCUACGGCAACACCCUUCUCCCCCUAGCCCACGCCGAAAACGCCCUCUACUUGACCUCCUCCCUCCUCCUCUUCCACAACGCCGUCUCCCCAGACGCAGCAACCCGCGACGCCUCCUCCCAAGCCCGCUCCCUCCUCCGCGAGGCAGAAGUCGAAUCCGCCACAAACGAAGCACUCUUCACCCUCGUCGACGCAGUCUACAAUGACACCGCUGAAACGCGCUACCUCAACCCAGAAGCCAGAAACUAUCUCCACAAAAAACACAAAGAAUUCGUCAAAAACGGCCUCCGGAUCGCCGCCGGCCCAGACCGGGACCGCUUCCGCGUCAUCCGCGCCGAGAUCGAGACCUUGACCGCAGAGUUUGCAAAGAAUUUGGCGGAAGCGGAUGUCUCGCUAUACUUCACCCCGCGGGAACUAGACGGCUUCCCACCCGACGCCCUCGCCCGCCUGGAAUCCGGAGACGACAGCCCCGAGACAGCAGGUAAACUCCGCAUCAGAAUCCCCCUUCAUCUCUCCCAACUUCUUCGCACAGCGCGCCGGCCCAACACGCGCCGCCGGGCCCGGUUCGCAUACGACACCCGCUGCGCCGCCAACGUCCCCAUCUUCCGGCGCGUCGUCCUGCUCCGCCAUGAGGCUGCUCGGCUGCUGGGGUACCCUGACCAUGCGACCCUCGCGACGGAAGAUAAGAUGGCUGGGUCCCCGUCCCACGUCACAUCCUUUCUCUCCUCUCUACGAGAAAAGCUAGUUCAGGGCGGACGCGACGAAAAGGAACGGUUACUUAAACUCAAGAGGCGCGAUGUCGAAGACGAGAGGGGCGAGAUCUACGACGGGAAGUUGUAUACCUGGGACACGGCGUAUUAUACCAACCUCUUGCUGAGAGAAGGGUACGCAGUCGACCAUGAAAUGAUUGCAGAGUACUUUCCGCUCGAGCAGACCGUCGAAGGCAUGCUCAGCAUCUUCGAGAGGCUUUUCGGGAUGAAAUUCUGCGAGGUUGCUGGGAAGGAGGCGAGGAAUACCUUGUCGAGUUCGGGUAAGGGGGAAGAUAUCGUCUGGCAUGAGGACGUGCGACUUUUCUCCGCGUGGGAUUCUGCUGGUGAAGGGGGUGGGUUUUUGGGGUAUCUUUACCUUGAUCUAUACCGCCGGGAUGGGAAGUAUGGAAAUCCGGCGAACUUCAGUCUCGUGCCUGGCUUCACAAACCCAGACCAAACACGCACACACCCCUCCACAGCCCUCCUCUGUUCCUUCCCCCCUCCUUCCCCUUCUCCGUCCUCCUUAUCCGCAUCCUCUCCAACCCUCCUCCGCCACGCCGACGUGGUAACCCUCUUCCACGAACUAGGCCACGCAAUCCACGACCUCGUCUCCCGCAACCUCUUCGCGCGCUUCCACGGGCCCAUGGGCACCGUCGUCGACUUCGGAGAGGCGCCCUCGCAGAUGCUCGAGAACUGGUGCUGGAGCGCGGAGCAACUACGCGGACUCGGCCGGCAUUAUUCUUAUUUAUCUGAAGGGUGCUUGGCGGACUGGCGGGAGAAGCAGAUUGCCAGAGGGGUACCCGGAGAAGAAGGGGCGGGGGCAGGUAUAACGCAGCCUCCGGAACGGAUCCCAGAGGACAUCGUCGAGGGCCUGGUUGCCGCGAAGCAUGUUGGCCAGGGGCUGGGGACGCUGCAGCAGCUUUUUAUUAGUGUCUUUGAUAUGGCUGUUCAUCAGUUGCCUGCGUCGAUCAUCACGCAAGAGGAACCAUCCACUAUCGUCGCCGCCGGUGCCGUCAAGGGUGAAGCUGCCGUGGACUUUACGAUGCUCUGGAACAGCCUCCGACGAGAAAUCGUCCCAACGGAUGAUCCGCCAAUCCUACCGAAUGACGAUACCAACUGGGGACACGGGUAUACUAACAUCGGACACUUGAUGGAUGAGUAUGAUGCUGGGUUCUACGGGUACUUUUUCUCACAAGUCUACGCGCAAGACAUGUUCUCAACAGUCUUUGAAGCGGAUCCCAUGAGCGCGGAAGCAGGGCGCAAGUAUAGGUACAGCGUCCUGGAGAAGGGGGGCGGACAGCCCGAGAUGACGACGUUGUUGGAGUUCCUCGGUCGUGAGGUCCGGAUGGAGCCCUUUUAUGAGGAAUUGGGAUUAUCGGCGUAGAUUGACCAUUUCAUUUGGGAAGUGGUGGCUUCUCAAAGAUGGCGAGUAUCCCUGGUGGUUGCUAGGAUGCCCAAGGUGCUUAGGAUAGGUAGAAACAAGGAUAAAUGUCAAGUUAUACUAAUCGCGUUUCUUCGUAGAAUCUGGAGAGGCUUUACUGGCUUAUCAACUUUUAAGUCCCUUCCUGUCUAGGAUUAC